AUGUCUGGUUGGGCAAACAAGCUGUCCUCUUUUGGACACCACAAGUCUGACGACAAGGACGAUACAUCGCUCACCACGCUUCUCGAUGUAGACCAAUGCGCAGACUUGACGUUCCUGAUCGCCACCAUAACGGCAUCUAUGCGACAGUCCCUGGUCGACACAUUCACCGCUGAAGAGCUCCCGAUCGAUUCGAAGACUGCCAAGUCAGAGGAAGAAGUACUGAGGGACGCACCCUCCAACCUCGAUGAUGUCGAUGUUAGCCAAGAAGACAAGAUCAAAAAGGAGAGACAGAAACGCGAAGAAGAGGCAAGGAAAGAACUUGCAGAGCCUGAGGUGCAAGAGCUAAAGAAGGAAAUGCUAAAGUAUUUCGAUGGCUGGCGAGGCAACGUCAUUAGUCGAAUCGGCGAAAUUGUCAACUCACGAGAAAAGGCAAAGGAACAAGCAAAAUAUGUCGAAGGGAAAAGAGUCGAAGAAGUGAUCAAGCAAUCUGAGGCUAGCAUGACAAGUAUCGAGAAGCUUGAUGAUCAGGAAGAAGACGAGGACAAGAUCUUCAAAGACCUAUACCCAGCUGUCCCAACUACUCUCACUCAACUGGACGAGAGCAAACGGACACUUAUCCUGCACUCCCUCGUGCUCAUCCUAUUGAGUUUAGAGCACUACUCGGCACAUUCUCGCGUUCUGAUACUCUACCUUACAAGUUCUCUCGGGCUGAGUAGAGCCGUCCUGAAGAAAGAUGAGGAAACUGUUGCACAGGGUCUAUUGGAGGCAGCAUCUCAGCAAAUCAACGCCGACGCUGAGACUAAAAAAGCAGCUGAAGCAUCACAGACGGCUCGGAAGUGGAAGGUUGGACUUGCCGGUGUUGCUGGUGCUGCGCUCAUCGGAGUGACAGGUGGGCUUGCUGCUCCACUCCUCGCAGCGGGUGUGGGCAGUAUGAUGGGUGGUAUCGGUCUAGGAGCCACAGCCGCAGCUGGCUAUCUCGGGACGCUUGCUGGUUCCUCUGUCCUCGUAGGUGGACUCUUCGGAGCGUACGGGGCCAAGAUGACUGGAAGGGCAAUGGACGAAUAUGCCCGACAGGUAGAAGACUUUGCCUUUAUUCCCAUCCACCGCACCCAAGAUCCCGAAAAUCAAGACAACGAGUCUCGUCGCCUUCGUGUCGCGAUAGCUGUUUCCGGCUGGCUACGCGAACCCGAGGAAGUGAGUAAACCAUGGCGAUACAUCAACAAGGGAACGGAGGGCUUCGCACUGCGCUGGGAACUCGAGGCUCUCCUCAAGCUCGGACACAGCCUAGAGACAUUCGUCACAAGCGCAGCCUGGGGUUACGCAAAGAAGAAGAUUAUCGAACAAACUGUCUUCGCCGCAAUGGCAGCAGCAAUGUGGCCGCUCGGCCUCCUCAAACUCGCAACCAUGCUCGACAACCCCUUCUCCGUGGCCAAAUACCGCGCGGAAAAGGCAGGAGAAGUCCUCGCCGACGCCCUCAUCAACAAAGUCCAAGGCGAACGCCCCGUAACGCUCGUCGGCUACUCCCUCGGCGCCCGCCUCAUCUUCUCCUGCCUCGAAAAACUCGCCGAGCGCCGAGCUUUCGGUCUCAUCGAAAACGUCGUGCUAGUCGGCGCCCCUUGCCCCUCUGACGUCGCAGACUGGCGGCGCAUCCGCUCCGUCGUCAGCGGCCGGUGCGUAAACGUGUUUUCGAAAAAAGACUACAUCCUCGGUUUCCUAUACCGCACUUCGUCUGUGCAACUUGGUGUCGCUGGUCUCCAGCCCGUUGUUGGCGUUCACGGCGUGCAGAAUGUUGAUGUGUCUGAGCUUGUUGAUGGACAUUUGCAAUAUCGCUUCAUCACGGGUUCUAUCCUGCGUAAAAUCGGGUUUGAAGAUGUUGAUGUUGAGGAGGUGGAGCGUGCGGAGGUGGCACUUGCGAAGGAAAAUAAAGCGGUUGAGGAAGAGAGGAGGAGGAAUGAAGAGGGUAGGCAGGGGGAGGGCGGCGAUGAGGAGAAGGAGAAGGAGGAGUUGGAGAAGGCAGUGCGGGAGAAGCAGGAGAGGAGUUGGAUGCAGGUUGUGCAGCAGAAGACUAAGGGGCUGGAUAUUGGGGGCGUUUUUAAGGGGUUGCCGGGGAAGGUGGCGCCGGAGAAGGAGGCGGAGAGGAAGGCGGAGGCGAGUUCGGGGGGGGUUUAA